CUGUCUGUGCACACGCGCGAGUGUGUGAGUGUGUGGAGGAAGAGGAGUGUGUGUCGCGUUUUGAUGCCAGCAGUUGAGAGGUAAACACACACACAUUGGCUUGAGGACACGUAUGGACGCGCUUGUGUGACUUAUGGACAGACUGGAGGAAGAGACGGAGAGCCGGGGACGAGCAGAGACGCGCGCGCUCACGGACAGACAGAUGAGGACACACUCCAGACCUGGGAGUGUAGAGUGACGCGGCGGGGGCUCAUGGCGUCCUCAUGGGCCGUGAGUCGUCUCUGUGUGCUGGGUCGUCUCUGUGUGCUGGGUCUGCUCCUGGCGCUGGCGGCUCCUCCAUGUUCUGGAUGUCCGCCCCGCUGUGACUGCGCUGCUCAGCUGCGCUCCGUGUCCUGCCAGCGGCGCCGUCUGUCUGCCGUCCCCGAGGGCGUCCCCACAGAAACCCGCCUGCUGGACUUGAGCCGGAACCGUCUGCGCUGGGUGGCUGCCGGAGACCUGGCCCCGUACCCACGGCUAGAGGAACUUGACCUGAGUGAGAAUCUGAUCUCCACGCUGGAGCCCAACGCCUUCGCCAGCCUGCAGGCCCUGCGCACGCUGAGACUCCGGGCAAACCAGCUCAAACUGGUGCCCAUGGGAGCCUUCGCCCGCCUCACCAACCUCACCACACUGGACCUGAGCGAAAACAGGAUCGUCAUCCUGCUGGACUUCACCUUCCAGGACCUGCGCAGCCUCAAAAACCUGGAGGUAGGAGACAAUGACCUGGUCUACAUAUCCCACAAGGCGUUCUCAGGUCUGUUGUCUCUGGAGGAUCUGACCAUGGCAAGGUGUAACCUGACCUCCAUCUCGGGCCAGACUCUGUCGUACCUGCGCGGACUGGUGACCCUCCGCCUGCGCCACCUCAGCAUCUCCACCCUGGAGGAGCAGAACUUCCGGAAGCUGACGGCGCUGCGGGGCUUGGAGAUCCACGACUGGCCCUUUCUGGAGUUCAUCUCUCCGCUCAGCUUCCAGGGACUCAAUCUGUCCUGGCUUUUCAUCACCAACACCAACAUCACAUCCGUGCCGUCUGCUUCUUUCAGAAAUCUGGCUUAUCUGACGGCUCUGAACCUGUCCUACAACCCCAUCAGCACGCUGGAGUCCUGGGCCUUCAGGGACCUCAUCAGACUGAAGGAGCUGCACAUGGUCAGCACAAACCUCCUCACGGUGGAGCCUCAUGCUUUGGGAGGUUUGCGUCAGAUUCGAGUCUUAAAUCUGUCCAAUAAUGAUCUGGUGACGCUGGAGGAGAGCUCCUUCCACUCGGUCAACAGUCUGGAGACGCUGCGUGUGGAUGGAAACCCUCUGUCCUGCGACUGCCGCCUGCUGUGGAUCCUGCAGCGCAGACGCACACUCAACUUCGACGGGAAGAUGCCCGUGUGCGCCGGACCGCCGGAGGUACAGGGGUAUCUGCUGAGCAUGUUCACCGAUUCGGCACUAUUUGAUUAUUUCACCUGCCAGAAGCCCAAGAUACGCAACCGCAAGAUGCAGCAGGUGAUGGUGCACGAGGGUCAGCCGGUAUCUUUCUUAUGUCGUGCCGAGGGUGAACCGACACCAGCCAUAAUCUGGAUUUCUCCUCAACGCAGAAGAAUUACAUCCAAAUCCAACGGCAGGGUCACGGUCCUCCCUGGGGGGACGCUAGAGAUCCGAUACGCCCAGCUAACAGACAGCGGCACCUACAUCUGCAUCGCCAGCAACGCCGGCGGAAACGACACCUACUUCGCCACGCUAACAGUCAAGGGUCAACCGGUGGACGCUGCGAUUUUUAGCAACCGAUCAAUGUAUGCGAUGGACUUCAACGAAACGGGUCUCAACAGCACGCGCGUGUUUCUGAAAUUCACGCUGGAUCUGACCACCAUCCUGGUGUCCACCGCCAUGGGCUGCAUCAUGUUUUUGGGUGUGGUGCUCUUCUGUUUCCUCCUGCUGUUCGUGUGGAGCCGUGGACGCGGCCAGCGCAAGAAUAACUUCACGGUGGAGUAUUCCUUCAGGAAGACGGAAGGACCCGCCACCACCGGCAGCUCCGGAGGAACGCGCAAGUUCAACAUGAAGAUGAUAUGAAACAACGCAGCCAGGGGCCCCCUGGGAGAAGCAUAGACGCCCAACAAUAAACACACACACAUAUACACACACACAGUGCUGAUCGCAGAAUAUAAACACACACGCAU